AUGAGACCAAAAGCAGGCUCGAAUCCACCCGAUGAUUACGACGACCAGCAGGUAGUCCCCAUCAAACGCAGGCGUAGUCAUAUGUUAUCUCGGUACGAGUCGUUAAAAGAGCAAUUCGAUGCCGACCGGGAGGAGGAAUAUCAUCACCAGCGACAGAAACUGACGGCUCGGCUUGACUCGCUGAUAGCCGGUAAAGACCAGCCUUUUCUAGAAAUGGUCGAGGAUCUAAACGAAACCCGGGAUCUGGAACUUGUCAGUUUAAAUCUGUAUGAGAAGUUCCUUAUAGACCGAGCCAAGAAAGAUCAUGAAGAGCGAAUGCAAUUUAUAGAAGAGCAGUAUAGGACAAGUACCAAAGAAGUUCAUGAGAAACUCAGUCAGCGAUUAGCAGCCCAGGCCGAUAUGCUCAAAACAGGGCAGGCCAAUAACAGUUUUCUCGACAUAUCUUCGAAUACAUUAGACAAUCUGACCAAUACUGGUAGUAAAGGAAGUACCAGUCGUAGUGGCACAUUGCGGACCAAUGCACAUUCAGGAUAUACCAGUAAUAACGAUGCGAAUGGCACGGCCACAGCAGGGUCUACAACCGCCAGUCGGAGUCGGUUAAGACGGCGAGAAGCGGUUGAUACUGACCAAGGAGACGCUACCGAAGGCACUGCUGGACCAGCUGUCAUUGAUGGGCAUCACGGCAAUUCACAUAGCGGCGGGAUCUCGAACGAUCACCUGCGUUUUUUCUUUUCAGACUUUGAUUUCGACGGGUACUCCAGCGGGUAUGCAUCAGCAGCAGCCGUCGCCAGCGGCGGACCUGGCCCCUCGGGAACUACCAACAGCAGGAGCAGCAAACAAACGCCCAAAAUCCCCUCUCUCAAACAAGAAGAGGCCGACAGCGACCUCCAAGCGAUCCGCCGUGAACGGGCCCAGCUCGACUUACUCCGGCGGCGAAGACCCGACCACUAA